CUUCCUUUCUCACUACUCUUCUUCACUGAUAUUUCCAAGACCUAUUUAUAGAACCCAACGGGGAAAAAAAACAAAAGAAAAAAUAGAAAGAAAGGCAAUGCGUCUUUAAAUUGAAAAGGGCAGAGAGAGACGCUAUUUAGCACAUAUCUCAAGCAGAGGCACACUCGCUGCAGUGUACUGGAAUAUUUAUUUAGAUAUUUUAUUGUUUUUCUUUUCACAAAAAAAAACUUAUUUAUAUAAACAAGUGAAAGGGUAAAGCUGUGGGAAUCGAUCUAUGAGUAACGGCUAAUUUUUCUUUUAGGUUGAUUGAUUGGUGUUUGGAUUUGUGAUUAGUGAGAGUAGUGCAUUAUUCAGUUGUGGAAGAGGGUAGUAGUGAUGGAUUACAACGAUAACCGUGGCAGUGGAAAACAUUGGGAUUGGCAAGGGGAUGAUUAUUGUCUUCAAAAGGAUUCCAAUUAUGACGUAUCUGAGUGUUUGUGGAAUGAGGUAACUCUAAAUGAGGAAGAUCUUUCUUACAUGUUAGAUGAAACAACCCCAGUUAAGGCUUGUGGUGAUUUGGCUUAUCAUGUUAAUCAUAGUGAUAACAUGCACAAGGAACCAGAAGAACACAGGGAAACCUCUUCACAGUUAAAGAGGCGCCGGAUGCUACAGUUUGAUACUCAAGCAGCAGAUUCCCCCCUUUGCCAUGAAGAGAUCUCAUCUGUGUUUCUACAAUCAAAUGAGAGGGAGGACUCACUUGAAGAAGUUUUACCUCAAGCAUCAGAUUGGGUUCCGGGUUUUUCAGAUGUGUCUGCCUCGAGUUAUGAAGCCCUUGAUCAUUCUUCUGAAGGGUGGCUUGCUGAUUGCUUUAAUGACACUGAGAUGGGGCUUAGUCCCAAUGAUAUGAAUUUUCCUGGAGCCUGUGAUGUUCAAAUUGAUAUUUCAGAGUUCUGCAAUGGCCCACUUGGGAAUGAGGCUCAUGCAGUUCAAAAACGUAUUACCCGGACUCCUCGGAAUGUGAUUUUUAAAGGUAAGAAGUCCUUUAUACGAACACCCACAAAGUUAGCUUCUUCUGUUGUCUAUCCAUUUGCCUUCAUCAAACCCUGUGGUUUCCAUGGAGAUGUUACUCUGAAGGACAUAAACCAGAAGAUCCGCACUCCUCCACCAUCAAAAUUGAAGCAAAACGAGGAAGAUCCUGCUGCUUACCCCACUUCAGCAUUUUCCGGGAAGCCUGUUGUUGGCAAAACUAAAAUUCGCACGGAAGGUGGAAAAGGAAGCAUCACAAUUAUGAGAACCAAAGGAUAAUAGAUAAGUGUCUUCUCGAACUUCCAUUUGCAGCCCGAAGGACUCAUCCCGUAGUGUUUUGGGGUUGAGUUUCAUUUUCCCUUAAGACCUUUUUUUUGCUAUGUAUCAUUCUCGGGCUUUCAAGUAUAGAUGUUGAUAGCGAAAUUCUUUCUUUGUUCAGGUUUCUCUUGGAAUUCAUAAAUCACAUUAAAGUGUUUAUGUUUCCAAGUAGUAUUUAGGUGCCAAUGACGGUUGUCAUACAUAUUGACUUUGGUCUAGGACUAAUGAUAUCUUGAUGUCCAUGAUAUUUUAUUUUGAUUUUGUUAUUGCUGUCACUGAAUUCAUCUAGAAGUGCAAAGCUUUUGUAUUUGACAGUGUAUUUGGAAGUUGUACUUAACAUGGUAAUGGAGUAGAAAGCACAAAUCUGUCAACUGUCAUUUGCAUUCA